CACGGUGGAUCUUCUCAGCCAGAUUCCAGUAGCCCUCUUCAUCGCCGCCGCCUUCAGCCAGCCAGCCCGGGCGCAUCAGAUGCUUCUUCACUCGUCGACCACCGCCAUCACCAUUCCACCACCAUAACGACGCGGCGCAAUGUCGCCCCAUAUGCUAGCCAAGCUGUGGCGGCGCUCCGCGCCAGCCGACGACCCGCUCAUCGCGACGACCAUCGACCGGCUCGUGAGCCUGGGCUUUGAGCGCGCCGAGGCCAUCGACACGCUGCACCGCGCCGAGGGCGACGUUGGCCUGCUUGCCGAGUUGAUUGUGCACCACAAGCACUACCACCCGGUCCCCGAGUGCCGGCAGUGCCAGGCCGAGGCGCAGACAGCGCGCGAGGAGGCCGAGCGCGACGCGCGCCGCGACGCCCGCCGGUGUCGUCGCGCGCUGAGCAUCCGCGGCGCAAUGCACAUGCGCAAGCCGAGCCUCCGGCGCAACGUCACCUCGCCUAAUAUGGGCAAGGACGCAGGCAGCAGCAGCUCGGGCGCGCGCUCGCCGUCCUCGCUCUCCAUGUCCGGCCUCGAGUCGCCCGUCAAAGGUAUCCUCAUCAACCACAGCCCCGAGGCCACGUCGCCUCGUGUGAGCUAUUCUCGGUAGACACGGCAAAGGCACAACCAAAACAACGGCCCUCGCCUCGCAACAUCCGCAGCGACUCUGCACCACGCACCACGUACUCUCUUCAACUCCACUGUAUACUACCAUCCCGGGACUUCAUGUCUAUCCCUUGUUGUCAUGCAUUAUAGCCUUCACUGUGAGAA